AUGGCUUCACAAGCCAAACCUCAAAUCCUCUCCGACAUCAACCAUCUCCUCUACUUCGCUCUCAUCCUCUUUCUCUCCUUCCACGUGGCAUCCGGCGCCGGAGGAACAUGGAAGCUUCUCUUAAACAACGUCGGAAUCUCAGCUAUGCACUCACAGCUCCUCAUCAACGACCGUGUCAUAAUGUACGACCGAUCCAACUUCGGUCCUUCAAAAAUCUCUCUCCCUAACGGAACCUGCCGGGACAGUCCAAACGACUCCGUUUCGAAACGUGACUGCACCGCGCACUCUAUCGAAUACGACGUCGCUUUGAACCGCGUCCGUCCUUUGACCGUCCAGUCCAACACUUGGUGCUCCUCGGGAGGAGUCACUCCCGACGGAACUCUCCUUCAGACAGGAGGAGACAAAGACGGAGAACGUAAAGCUAGACUGUUCUACCCAUGCGAUGAUGAUUCUUGUGAUUGGUCUGAAAUAGACAACGCACUUAAUGUUAAAAGAUGGUACGCUUCGAACCAUGUACUUCCCGAUGGUCGUCAGAUUAUAGUAGGAGGUCGUGAUGAGUUUAACUUCGAGUUUUUCCCUAAGACAAACGCUCCAAACACAUACAGCUUACGGUUCUUGUCGGAAACCAACGAUCUUGACCAAGAAAAUGUUGGAUUAAGCUUGGUGAUAGCUUAA